AAGAAAAAUAUUUUAUCUUUUCUAUGUUCUUUAUAUUUAUAAUUUAAUAUUUAAAUAUAUUGUAUCAAUGCUAAACAAUAAUAUAUAAAUACAAAUUUCGAUAGUAAUAAAUUUCAAUAAUAAACUAAAAAUACUAUAUAUCUAAAAAAAUACAUAUGUAUGUAUAUGUAAGAACUUGAUAUUAUCGUUAUACAAAAUCUUAUUAAUUUAUAUACUAAGAAAAAAUAUUUUUAUAUCAGAUAUUUUUCGACUAAUUCUUUCUAUUGAUCAUAACGUACACGUCAUAUAAUGGUCGCCAUGGUUUAUUCAUCCGUGAGGAGAUAAUUGGAUAUUGUGUUUUUAAGGAAAAAAAGCACAAUCCCUUGUGGAAAGUCUGCUGUGUACAUCGUGCAGAGAAAUAACAGAAAUAAAUGUUAAAUACAUAUAGUAAUCUUUGAGCAUUCUUGCGUGAGGUGCGAAGUGUGUUAAGUGAAGAACGAGUGUGCACGUAAGUGUGUACGAGCUGCGUAAAGGGUUUAUAACAUCAAAGACUUAUGUUUGCAAAAUAUGAACUUCUUUAAUAAAAUCAAUGGCGAAAAUGAUGGUUUUGAGUAUGUUUUGUGGUGCUGAUGUUGCUAUUAAUAAAAUUUACAACGAACUUUUCUAGGCAUAGCCUUCGCGUUUUAAAAGACUGCAUAGAGACGUCAAACGAGCAUGAUGUGUUAUUAUUUGAAAUACAGAAAACUCGAAGACUCCUCGCCUCUUUUAUAUUAAAUAGGCUAAAAAAAAAUACAUUUUAGCAAGACUAUUUACUUAUAAUAAACUUUUAUAUACAAAGUUUGAAAGAAAUACUUGUGUUCUAAUAGAGCAACAAGAAUUGUGUUACUAUAUUCUUAAAUUAAAGAAAAAAAAAUUUCUACAACUUUAAAUAUAAAACAUAUUUAUUUUUAACUUAUAUAUGGACAUAUAUGCUCGUGAAUUGUUAAAAAGAGGAACUUUUUCUUUCAUAAACAUUGUUUCUAGCGAAACAAAAACUUAGGAGUAUUAGGCAUAAUUUGUAUCUAUUUGAAGCAAGAAAUAUUUGAAGUCUUGCAGUGAUAGUAGAUAUAUAUUGAAAACUUUUAUGAAACUUAUAAAUGUUUUAAUUAAACUGCAUAAGGACAAUUUUAAUAUCAAAGUUUUUGAUAAAUGGACUUUUUAAUCUUUUAUCACAGUGACUUUAAAUCGGAUAUCAUGUGCAAUCUUCUGAACUUUUCUUCUCAUAUACUAAAAAUGUUACUACAUUAUUUCCUACAUAAUUAUCAUAAAAUCUACAAGAUCCAUUCAAAUAUGAUAUUGUUCUUGGACAAAUAUUAUUGCAUACUGGAUAUCCAUCUAGUAAGAACUUUUUUAUAUUUGCGUUUCAGAAAAAGUUUAAAGGCACCAGAACUGCAUUGGCUUCAUACAAGAAAACCCGAAAAAUCCAGAAGUACAAAGCCUGGAUGACGGGACAAAUGACAACAUACAUUUGAGCAAUAGUGAAAGUGAUCAAAUAAAAAGUGAAAAUAUGGACAAUAAUACAGAUGGGGACAACUUAAAUCUGAGCUGCGGCGAAAAUGAUAUAGUGGAUGAAUUAAAAAUUGCUGCUGAUGAAACUUAUGAUACACGUAGUGAAGUUUCAUCUAGCAGUUCAAAUUCUGAUUCUAGUCAACCAAGUAUAAGCUCUGUUUCCACAAAAUCUUCACGUGGAGAUAAUAAACGCAAUCGUAAAAACAGAGGAAAACGUGCUAGAUCCAGAGAUUCUAAGUCUUCUAGUCCUGAAACAAAACGUGCAAGAUCUAAAGAAAGCAAAGGAAUUACUAAGAGCUAUGAUUAUGCUACAAAAUUAAAUUACUUAUUUAGGGAUGCAAGAUUUUUCAUCAUCAAAUCAAACAAUGCUGAAAAUGUUACAUUAUCAAAAGCUAAAGGAGUAUGGAGUACAUUACCACAAAAUGAAGCCAAUUUAAAUCAAGCUUAUAGAGAAUCAAGGAAUGUUCUGCUUAUAUUUUCUGUAAAAGAAUCAGGAAAAUUUGCUGGUUUUGCAAGAUUAAGUACAGAAUCUAGAAGAGAUGGAGCACCAAUUUCUUGGGUGUUACCACCUGGAUUAUCUGCAAAAGCAUUGGGUGGUGUAUUUAAAGUUGAUUGGAUAUGUAGGAAAGAAUUACCAUUUACGGCUACAUUACAUUUAUAUAAUCCAUGGAAUGAUGGUAAACAAGUAAAAAUCGGACGUGAUGGCCAAGAAAUUGAACCAAGAGUUGCAGAAGAAUUAUGUAGAUUAUUUCCAGAAGAUGAAGGAAUUGAAAUGACACCAAUUUUGAGAAAAUCUAAGGAAGCAGCAAAACAUAUUACGAAAUCUCGUUCAUAUCGUGAUAAUAGGCCUGUUAAUAGUAGUCCUAGAUUUUUACGUUCGAGAGGUGGUAGAGGUCGUAGACUUUUCUUAACUUCACGAUCUCGUUUAGCUUCAUUAGCUAGAGGAUCUCAUUUAGCUGGUAAUGAACAUAGAGGAUCAAGAGACCACCAUCAUCAUCGAUAUGCUACUUGGUUUAAUAGAAGUGAUUCUCCUUAUUCUAAAGGAUAUGGUAGUCCAGGAUUAGGUGUGGCUGCAGCAGCUGAAGCAUAUGUUGCAGAUUAUAUGCGUACUAUGCAACAUCAGUUGCCUCCUUUACCUCCUUAUGCUGCACCACAUCCAUAUGAUUCUUUACCUCCACCACCACCACCACCCAGAUAUUAUGAUGGUUUACCACUACCACCUGACUAUAGCGCAGCGGCUUCUGCUCUCGAAAAACGUAGCUAUGAAAGAAGUGUAGAUGAAUUUUUGUGGAGAACAGCAAGUCGACAUAGUCGUCAUAGUGAUCAUCGAUCCUCCCGUGAUCACCAUCAUAGAUAUAGAGAUCGUAGAUAAAAAAUUUAAAAAUUUUCAUUAAUCUUAAUAUCUUCAUUCACUUAUUCUUUCACUUUUCAUUCAUGCACAUAUUGUACGGGCUUUCGAGGUAUCGUUACAUUUAUAAUUAAUAAUGUUUAACCGAUUAAUAAUUCAAACAAAAAUAAUUUGAAAUUUUAAUUAUAUACAUACAUAUAUAUUUAGAUAUAACAUAUAAUUUUUAAUAGAAUUGAAAAAAUAGUAUCGUUUUUUAUGAAAUGAUAUAUUAAGAAAUGUCAAAUGAUUCGUAUUAAAAUUAAUGAAAUUGUAAAAAUAAUAUAAUUAUUUUUCUGUUAUUAUAUCUACUUGUAAUUGUAAAACGAGAUGAUAAAAUUGAAAUUAUAAAAUUGAUUCACAAUUCAUCAAAAUCUAUUAUAUGCAUUUAUUAAUGAAAAAUAACUUAUAAAAAAUACAAUAUUCUUUGAUUAAUAUACUUCAUUUAUUUUCUAAUUUUUUUUUAUUAUUUCUAAUUUCAAUUUAAGUAUUAUCUAUAUAUUUUUAUAAUUUUUACAUAUAUUGAUAUUUGAAUAUUUUGUAAAUAAAAAAUUUUGAAUUGUGAAUCAAUCUAAUUAUAUAUCUGUUUUUGCAUUAAUAGAAUGAAUUUUCAUAAUCAAAUUUCAUAUAAUUAUAACAUUUUGAAAGAUCACUGCCUAAAUCGAUAAAAAUUUACUUUUAUAAUACUGCAAAAUAAUAGAAAUAAAUAAUUUACUUAAUGUCAUUCACAAUCUUUUCACAUAAAAAAGUUUAUAAAAAUAAUCAUUAAAAAAAUAUUUUCACAAUUAACAAUAUAAAUCACUUAAAUUAACGUAAUUGUUAAAAUAUUAUUAGUUACAGAAAUAGCCUAACUGCGAAUACAAGUCACUGAUUUAUAUAAUACAUUUUUGGCGUUAUUUCGUAGUAAAGAUUUAAAAAAGUAAA